AUGUCUUCGAUCGAAGAGAAGAACAUUGCUUACGAAAAGCAAACCAGCAUAGAGAACGACUCUUUCGAGAAGUCUCAGGCUCUUUCUCAGGAUGGCUUGGAAGACUUGGCUUCGUCCGAUGAGGGCAGAGAGCCAACGGAAGAAGAAAUGAAGAAAUUGAGACAUGUCUCGGAGAAGAUCCCAAUCAGUUGUUGGCUCGUGGCCAUUGUCGAGUUGGCUGAACGUUUCUCCUACUACGGUUUGUCCACUCCGUUCCAGAACUACAUGCAAAACUCCCCCGACGACAAGCCAAAGGGUGUUUUGAACUUGAAAAGUCAGGGUGCUACUGCCUUGUCGUACUUUUGGCAAUUCUGGUGUUAUGUGACUCCUGUGUUUGGUGCCUGGGUUGCUGACACCUACUACGGAAAGUUCAAGACCAUCUGUAUCUUCUGUGUGAUUUACAUCAUUGGUAUUUUCAUUUUGUUCAUCACUUCGUUGCCCUCUGUGGCCAGCAAGAAUGCCUCUUUGGGUGGUUUUAUUGCUGCCGUGAUUAUCAUUGGUAUUGGAACUGGUGGUGUCAAGUCCAAUGUGUCUCCAUUGAUUGCCGACCAGAUUCCAAAGACAAAGCCUGUGAUCAAAGUCUUGAAGAGCGGCGAAAGAGUCAUCCAAGACCCUAACAUCACCAUCCAAAACGUGUUCAUGUUCUUUUACCUCAUGAUCAACAUUGGUUCUUUGUCUGUGAUUGCCACAACUGAAUUGGAGGCUCACGUCGACUUCUGGGCUGCUUACUUGUUGCCUCUCUGUUUCUUUGUCAUUGCCUUGUUGGCUUUGUACUUUGGUAGACACGAGUACGUCAAGGUGCCAGUUUCCGAAAAGGUGAUUGCCAGAUCUUUCCAAUGUACCUGGGUUGCCAUCAAGAACAAAUUCAACUACGACGCAGCCAAGGCCGGUGCCAGUGAAAAACAGUACCCAUGGACUGACAAGUUCGUUGAAGAAGUCAGAAGAUCUGUUUACGCUUGUAAAGUGUUUGUCUUUUUCCCAAUCUACUGGGUUGUGUACGGCCAGAUGUUGAACAAUUUCAUUACCCAGGCCGGUCAAAUGGAGUUGCACGGCUUGCCAAACGAUAUCUUGCAGUGUAUUGAUUCCAUCACCAUUAUUGUGUUCAUUCCAAUCUGUGAAAGAUUUGUCUACCCAUUCAUUAGAAGAUUCACUCCUUUCAGAGCCAUCACCAAGAUCUUCUGGGGUUUCAUGUUUGGUGCUGCUUCCAUGGUUUAUGCUUCUGUCUUGCAACAUUACAUUUACAAAGCUGGCCCAUGUUAUGACGACCCAAUGGGCUGUGCUCCAGAAUAUGCUAACGUGCCUAACCGUGUGCAUGUGGCGAUCCAGACUCCAGCUUACUUUUUGAUUGGUAUGUCGGAGAUUUUGGCCUCCAUCACCGGUUUGGAAUAUGCCUACACCAAAGCGCCAACCAGCAUGAAAUCUUUCAUUAUGUCCUUGUUCUUGCUUACGAACGCUGUCGGAUCCGCCCUCGGUAUUGCACUUUCGCCAACUUCCACCAACCCCAAGUUUGUGUGGGCAUUUGCCGGUUUGGCCAUUGCAUGUUUCAUUUCUGGUUUGUUGUUCUGGGUCAUCUUCAAGCAUUACAAUGACAAGGAAGAUGAAUUGAACAACAUUGACCUCAUGGACGACGAUCUUCAUCUUGAGCCUGUGGGUUCUCUCCAGGCUUCUACAAAGGGUUUCACUUAG